AGAAAGUGGUUGAGGUUGAGGAGCACUGGCCUGGAAGACAGUUGGGACAUCUCUGCUCUGGUCUCCUUCCUGGUCCUGAAGAACAUAGAAGUUGCCGUCUUCCUGGAUUUAUGCAUCCUGCACAGGGACCGACUUCUGAAUUAGCUCGCACGGAGAAGUCUUCCUGUAGAAUUUGUUCAUUGGACUGUGGUUGCUAUUUUUUGACAGCCUUUAAAAGGAAAUUGUGGCCGGGGUUUUUAAAAAAUGGCGCAUCAGCUCGAGAAGCCCAAAUUAGAAACCUUCCCCUAAAGCUGAAAUUUAGAACGUAAAAUUCUAACCAAGAAUUUGCAGCGAGAUAUUCUAGGUUGCUAUUUAAACGUGGUUUGUGGGACCCGUACCCACACUUUAAUUCUGGUUCCCUAAGGCUCAUGGCAUUCUAACUUAGACACAUGUUUUGCUUCUUGGAUUGCAGUGUUUUUUUAAAAAACCACCACAUGAAGGGAAUCUUUGAACCUGUCCUAUAAUGCUAUGAUUAUUGAGAUAUUGCUCAGAAGCUGUUCUUCAGAUCAGUACAAGUUUCUUGAGAAAAGAGCAACAAAGAUGAUUAGGGGCUGGAGGCUAAAACAUACAAAGAAUGGUUGCGAGUAUCCGGUAUGUCUAGUCUAAUGAAAAGAAGGACUAGACGAGACAUGGUAGCAGUGUUGUAAUAUUUGAGGGGCUACCACAAAGAAGAGGGAGUCAAACUAUUCUCCAAAGCACCAGAAGGCAGGACAAGAAACAAUGGAUGGAAACUAAUCAAGGAGAGAAGCAACCUAGAAAUAAGGAGAAAUUUCCUAACAGUGAGGAAAAUUAAACAGCGGAACAGCUUGCCUCCAGAAGUUGUGGGUGCUCUGUCAUUGGAGGCUUUUAAGAAGAGAUUGGACAGUGAUUUAUCUGAAAUUGUGCAGAGUCUCUUCCUUUAAGCAGGGCCUCCAAGGUCCCUUCCAGGGUGUGUGACCGAAAUGGUGGAAGGCGGCUUAGACAAUGGCUGAUUGAACAAAUUGACAGUGGACUGUAUCCUGGUUUGAUCUGGGAGAACGAGGAGAAAACCAUGUUUCGUAUCCCGUGGAAGCAUGCGGGAAAACAGGAUUAUAACCAAGAGGUGGAUGCAUCCAUUUUCAAGGCCUGGGCGGUAUUCAAAGGCAAGUACAAAGAAGGAGAGAAGGCAGAGCCGGCCACGUGGAAAACCAGACUCCGUUGUGCCUUAAACAAAAGCCCUGACUUUGAAGAGGUGACGGAGAGGUCACAGCUGGACAUUUCUGAGCCCUACAAGGUUUACCGCAUUGUUCCAGAGGAAGAACAGAAAUGCAAACUGGGGAUUGGGACCAAAUGCACCUUGAACGAAAUCCCAGAUAUGGACUGCAAUCCUUCCUCCAUAGAAGAGUUAAUGAAAGAGACUCCUUCAGCUGUAGAGGAAUACCUUGGCACAAUCAAAAGGAGUCCUUCACCACCACAGGAGAGCAGCAGAAACCCACCUAUCCCAGAGUGGUGGAUUCAUCAGUCAAAUCCUGCUUUAUCCCUGAUGACUGGGUUUGCUGCAUAUGAGCCGCUUCUAGCCUACUCCCAACUGGUGAUCAACUUCUACUAUGGAGGGAAGCUGGUGGGGAGCACCACCACCUCUCGCCCCGAAGGCUGCCGGAUCUCCCUGGGCGAGGCACCCUAUUGCCAGGACAGCCUGGAACACGUGCAGUUCCCAUCUGCAGAGCUCAUACCCAACGAGCGCCAGAGGCAGAUUACCAGAAAGCUCUUUGGGCACCUGGAACGGGGUGUCCUUCUGCACUGCAACAAACAAGGCAUCUUCAUCAAGCGGCUGAGCCAAGGAAGGGUCUUCUGGAGUGGGAACACCAUGGCCUGCAAGGAGAAACCCAACAAACUGGACCGGGAUGAGGUGGUCAAAAUCUUUGACACCAACUACUUCCUUAGAGAGCUCCAUCAGUAUUAUAACAAUCAAGGACGCUUUCCAAACAGCAAAGUGAUUCUGUGUUUUGGAGAAGAAUUUCCAGAUGCUGUCCCCUUACGUUGCAAGCUGAUCCUGGUGGAGAUCGAGCAGCUGAGCAUCCGGCAACUGGUGGAGGAAGCCCGGAAGAAUGAAACCAGCGCUGUGGGCCACCCAGUCGGAGAGGAGGUGCAUUAUGAUCAGAUGUACAGGAACUUCCAGGAUUCUUGUGGACCUCACCAAAGGCCCAUUUUCAGAGAAAACCAGCAAAUUACUGUUUGAGACUCUGGAGAAGACUAGUUCACAAUUAUUUUCAGGCUUUUUCUUUUUUUACCCCCUUUUCUUUCCCCCCUCCAUCUUACGGCUUAGAUCUUCUACAACUUCAGUUGAGGUUUUUCUUCUUCUUCUUCUUUUUUUAAAAAAAGGUUUUGUAUGUAAAUAUAUAAAGGGUUUAAAUAAUUCAAUUCAGUCUUUAUUGUGCUCACAGACCAGCACAAAAAAAAAUAAACAUUAAAAUAAAGCAGAA